GUUAACCAAUUGAUCUCUGAGAUUUCUGCCCCACGAGAAUACGACCAAGGGAGGGUCUGAAAACACAUGACCGAUACUGUCAUGGGAUCUUAGAAUGUGCCAAUGUUUGUGAACGAUUCGGUCACCAUGCUAACCUUGCUUGAGGCCCUAGGCGUUUGGCUCAGCAGGCUAAUCUGGGACACAGGAGACCUGGGUCGGAACCCUGUCAUCCAGUGUACUACAUGACGAUGACUACGUGGUUCGUCCUGUUGUUUCCCAGGUGUUGUUCCAGAGUCCAGGCACCAUCAUGGGUCACAUAGUGCGUAGUCGAGGAACCGGUCAGAGAUCCACAGAGCUGCUCCGCUGUCUACAGGAGAUGCCCCAGACCAACUGUGCCAAUACCUGCUACACUGGAGGCAUGGUGAAGCUGGAGAAAGAAGACGAGCUGGAGCUGGUGAUCCCAGAUCGACCCCAAGCUCAGGUCUCCAUGGACGCAGACUCAACCUUCUUUGGCAUCAUACGGCUGAACUGCCCCCAGGAGACAGAAGUCACCAGCAGCAUCAUACGGCUGAACUGACCCCCAGGAGACAGAAGUCACCAGCAGCAUCAUACGGCUGAACUGACCCCCAGGAGACAGAAGUCACCAGCAGCAUCAUACGGCUGAACUGACCCCCAGGAGACAGAAG